AUGGUCCCACCACCUCGAGCGGGAUCGUUUUCACCAAAUCCUGCUGCACAUUCUCUUCAGACAGGAUCUUCUCAUUCUCCCCAUCCAUCUCAGACGGCUGCCUUCAGUGCUGGCGCGAGCCCCAGCACUAGCAGCCCAACGGGGACCAAUUCCCUGACAAAGAUCGUUGUCGCCCAAAUCUAUCUUCUACUCAGCACCAUCAAGGACGACAAGGAUCGAGCCAAGUUGGAUAUACAGCUCGAACAGCUGAAGAAGCUCAUCGACGAACACGGAAUGGAGGUCUUUUCUAAGUACUUCACACGGCUGGUUGCCGGCAAUGCCCCGCAAAUAUUUCCAGGCCUGAACCGCCCCGUGGCGAAUCCGGGCAACUACCAGAUACUCGUCGGGGAGAUGAAGAGCAUCGCCCACGAUGUGGACCAAGCUGCAAAGAUAGCUGAGUCCAUCGAAAGUGGCACCGAAGACAUCUUUCGUGAUUUUGAUCUGUCGACAUUCAUGGAGCAUUUCAAGUUAGAUGCGCUAGAGAAGACUCUGCUUGCACUAGCCUUCAAGAGCGGAACACGUUCGGACUUGAAGACUAAAGCCGACGCCAUUCUAUCCACCAAUUUUGCCAUGUUCAUGGACAUCAUUUCCCGCCCAGACCUCGAGGCCCAUGCCGACCUCACCCCCAAGCAUGUCGCCCUCACCGUUGAACGAUUCCUCAACAACCAUCCUCCGAACUUCAACGCAUCGUCCCGGCGAGACCUACAACAGUGCGUGGUGAAGCGUUACAUCAAGAAUGAUCAAGCUCCGCCAUCAGAGGUUCUUGCCGCCUUCGAUGUCGCCAGGGUUCUAGCCGACCACCCCUCGAACUCUUUGGCACGGUAUAUCUAUAAGAUUGGACCGGAGUUCACGCGUGACGAGGAGACCUGCAUCUCCUACCUCCAGAACAGGCCUAGUGACUUGCCUCUCAGUGCCGAGCAGGUGGCGCCGGCUCUCACCUUUGCCUCCAUCAGUCAGACCCAAAGCCACGAUGUCGUUGCUCUUGUUGCUGCCCUGCGUCAGAUCAUCUCACAACCCUUCAGCUGGACCGAUGUUGCUCUCCUCUUCGACCAGCCCACGGCACGCAUAUCCUCGUCGCAAUUUCUCCAACUAUUCAAGGCUCUGCUCCCUAUUGCACAAGAACCUAAUAGUAAUUUCGACAUGCAGCGGCUCUGGGGUGGCUCGUGGAACGAGACCGAAGCCCAGCUGUCGUUUGUUAGCGCCUACGCAUCCCUUUCUCCCGAUCAGCUCGACGCGACUACGAUUCCUGGCCUGACCCGAAGCAUCACUAUAGAGGACUAUGCCAACUCUCCACCCAAGGUCCAGGAAAGAGCCGCAGUUGCUGUUCGUCACCCACUGGUCUCCGUCGCUGCUCUAACCUCCAUCUUCAACGUUGCCCUUAGCUCUCUGCACGCAUCGCAAACCAUCGAGGCCAAACGCCUUUUCCAGGAGGUCGUGGUCCCCAAUCUGGACAUCUUCCUCGUUUCGGCCUUCGAGGUCCCACGGCAGUCAUGGGCACCCAUGGCAAUGGACACCCUCAGUUCUCUUUUCGAAAACUUCUUGUACAAGCAGACACCACCCAAUCACGACUUUGUUCUCGACAGCCUUUGGAAGAAGGACAAAGAAUGGGUCACCCAGCGUCUCAUAGAUGCGCACGCAGUCAAGCCUCUGGACCUCCCCUUGAUCUUUGAGCACGCAGUCAAGCACAACUGGCUUGAUGAGCUGGUCUAUCUCCCCAAUGGUUUUGGAAUCGACUUGGCUGCCUUGGCACAUGCUGAAGGCUACUUGGACCUGACUAAAUGGGCACAGUUCAAUGCGGAGAGGAGCAAUGAAAUAUCCAGGACUCUUCUCCAGUUCCUCAUGAUCAAGGCAAACCUGGAGAUUCAGUUCCAGCGACCCCCAGAUGGUCAAGUGCCCACCAAGACGACUACGACUUUGCAGGUCAGAACUGUGUCUGCCUUGUUGCAGAUUCUCGAGGAUUUCUUGCCAAAGGCACCGGUGCAAGACCUGAUCCUCGUUCAGCGCCAUUGCAUCACGGCCUACCCCCGCCUCAUCAACUACGGGGAAGGCUACGAUGACAUCAUCGAUGCGGCUGGAAAGGAAGGUAACGCCCUGCCCCUGGCAGCCAACAGCAAGAUGGAGGAACACUACAAGAAGAUGUACGGCGACGAGCUUCAGGUGCGCCACAUCGUCGACAUCCUCGACCGCUAUAAGCACUCCCGCGAGCCCUUGGAUCAGGAUGUCUUUGCUUGCAUGAUCCAUGGUCUCUUCGACGAGUACAACCACUACGUCGACUACCCCUUGGAAGCACUCGCUACCACUGCCGUCCUCUUCGGUGGAAUAAUAUCCCACAAGCUCAUAUCGGAUCUGCCCCUUAAGAUCGGCCUCGGUAUGAUCUUAGAGGCGGUCCGUGACCACCUUCCAGACGACCCCAUGUACAAAUUCGGCCUGCAGGCGCUCAUGCAGCUUCUGGUUCGCUUCCGUGAAUGGCCCGGCUUCUGCAAGCAACUGUUGCAGAUUCCAGGUCUACAGGGUACGGAAGCCUACAAGAAGGCCGAGGAGACUGUGCGUGAGCAUGAGGAGGACGUCUCCAAUGGUCGCAACAGCGCGGGAACUCCUCAUGGCCUUGGGUUUGGGUCGGAGCCAUUCACGAACGGUAACUCCGAUGAGUCUGCUGUUAGUCGUCCGGCCCCAGCUUUCAGCGCCAUCUCCGUCGAUCCGGCGCCCCCGGGCGCCUUUGAGGACCCCGGAGAGGAAGCCCAAGAUAGGAUCCAGUUUGUCUUGAACAACAUCACGGAGAACACGCUUGGGUCUAUGUACCAGGAGCUUCGCGACACGGUGGAGCAGCGCCACCAGCAGUGGUUUGCCAGUCACCUUGUCGAGGAGCGUGCCAAGAUGCAGCCGAACUACCACCACGUCUAUCUGGAGCUUAUCAGGUUCUUUCAAGACAACGCUCUCUGGGGCGAGGUGCUGCGUGAGACCUAUAUCAGUGUCGCCCGCAUGCUGAAUUCGGAGGCGACCAUGCAGAACUCGACGGAGAGAACGCAUCUCAAGAACCUUGGCGGCUGGCUGGGCCUCCUGACUCUGGCGCGGGAUAGGCCGAUCAAGCACAAGAACAUUGCAUUCAAGCAGCUGCUCAUAGAGGCCCACGACACCAAACGCCUGAUCGUGGUCAUUCCAUUCGUCUGCAAGGUCCUCUUGCAGGGGGCUUCUUCUGCCGUCUUCCGCCCUCCGAACCCUUGGCUGAUGGACAUCAUCUAUCUCCUGAUAGAUCUGUAUCAUCAUGCCGAGCUGAAGCUCAACCUCAAGUUUGAGAUUGAGGUACUCUGUAAGGGGCUAAAUUUGGAUCACAAGAGCAUCGAGCCUUCGGGCGAGAUCCUUAACCGACCGUCAGCAGACGAAGCGGCCGAUGUCCUUCCUCAAGAUCAGCUGGACGCUUUCGAGAAUCUCUCGCUGAACGGUCUCGGACCCACUGUUGGCAACGGACUACAGUCACACUCCGUUGCUCCCACAAUCCCCGACCUCGGCCCCAUGAUCACCGUGCCUCCGGCAAACGAGAUGGUUGUCAGUACCAGUCGACUGCAUGAAAUUGUUCUGACUGCGCUCACCCGGGCUCUUCAGGACAUCAUCCAGCCCGUGGUGGACAGGUCGGUCACGAUUGCUGCCAUCUCGACGAUCCAGAUGAUCCGCAAAGACUUUGUCACGGAGCCUGACGAGAACCGUGUUCGUAACUCGGCCAUUAACAUGGUCAAGGCGACCGCGGGUAGUCUCGCCUUGGUAACGUCCAAGGAGCCACUCCGGGCAAACUUCACCAACUACGUCCGCAACCUGGCUGGUGACCUGCCUUCUGGCCUUCCCGAGGGCACCAUCAUUAUGUGCGUCAACUCAAACAUCGACCUAGCCUGCAGCAUUAUCGAGAAGCAGGCUGAAGAGCGCGCCAUCCCCGAGAUCGAGGAGAUGAUUGAGAGGGACCUCGAGAGCCGUCGACGACACAGGGCUACGCGUCCCGAUGAGCCUUAUUAUGACGCCAACGCCAGCCGAUGGUCCAUGACGAUCCCCAAUCCUUACAAGCUCAGUCCCAACAUCAACGGCCUGAAACCUGAGCAAAUGGCCAUUUACGACGAGUUUGGCCGGCAGCCCCGUAGCACGACGGCCUCCGCCGCCGGCCCGUCUCAUGCCCCCUCUACCUCGGAUGCCACCAGGUCGCUAGCCAACGAGGUUCUCCAGGAGCAGUACAGCACGAUCCCCAGCCUGCCCACGCCCGCCGAGACGCCUUCCGUCCAGCAUCUUGGAGGCCAGAUGCAGCCUUACCCUCCUGCCCCCCCGAGCACGAACAACAGCCUGGCCAACAGCCGUACCCCGGCUUACCACCUGGAGAUGCGGGUACUGGUUGACCGCACAAACAAGCUUCUCCAGGAGCUCCUGCGGGUUGCUGCCGAGGCCCGAGAGGAUCAUUUUAUGGGACUCCCGCGCCCCCACCCGGUGCUCGAUGUUGUCGACGCCCUGGUCCAGCUGAUCAUCAAGGCUUCCCAGAGCUCCGAGGAAUUUGCCAUCUACGCCGUGGAGCAGAUCAGCAGCAUCAUCUUCCAACAGGUGGACGAUAAUCUGACUUUGGAGAGCCUGGUUCAUGUCCUGGAGACUGCGCGAAAGAUCUCGGGCCCCAGCGUCAACAACCGGGUCCGCUCCAUCUUUGGCCAGCAGCCGGGCAGCAACUUCCUCAGCCUUCCCCUGCUCAGCGCCCUUAUCCGCACCGACCUCUUGGACUGGAAGGCCAUCGACCAGGCCCUCUCGCGUGCUCUGGAGGCUAGGAAGGACGGCUCCCUCGAAUUCCUCGACCAUGUCCUGGACCUCGCACUGCUCAACAAUCGCCCUAUCGCCCUGUUUGCCGACUUUGUCCGUACUCUGGAAGUGGCCUGGACAUGGAUUAACGAGGAACCCGGAUCCGUACUGGCACAGCGACUCAAGGCGAAGAUGAUGGGGCCGGUGCCCUCUCAGCCAGAGGGCGAGGACGCGGCAGUGUUCCGCCGCGACCAGAUGGAGUACGUCUUUGAGGAGUGGGUGAACCUCUUGAACAACUACAACGCUACCGAGAAGACUAUGACGGUCUUCAUCCAGCAGCUGCACGCGAAGCAGGUGGUACGUGAUCGGGACGACUUCUUCGAGUUUGUCCGUGUGGCCCUCGACAUGUCGGUGGACCGCUACGAGCAGAACCUGCACAUCCGUGCCAUGGGUGACCUCUUCGCCACCGUCGACGCUCUGGCAACGCUCAUCAGCGUUUUUGUCAGCACCCACACAGAAAUGUCAACUUCGCGUGUCAUCUUCCUGGACGCGGUACUCUCUCUCAUAUCCAUGGUCAUCUACCACCACCAGAUCAAGCGCGGUGAACAGAUGAACCAGAGGGUCUUCUUCCGUCUUCUGUCAAUGCUGCUGCACCAGACACUGUCCAUGUCGGACGGCCUCACCGAGGGCGAACGCCAGCAGAUGCUUCUCAGGUUUGCCGAGAGGUUUGCCGGUCUGGGCCCCGUCCGCCUCCCGGCUUUUGUCUACGCCUGGGUCGCUCUCCUCCAGCACCGUGCCUUCCUCCCUCCCCUGCUCUCGAUGCCCAAUAACGAGGGCUGGGCGCCGUUUGCCAAGCUCCUGUCCCAGCUGCUUGACUGCAUAGGUGAACAGCUGAAGAUGGUCAAUGUGUCGCACGUGACCAAGGAGCUCUACAGCGCCACGUGGAAGCUGCUCGUUGUUGUCCAGCACGACUUCCCCGAUUUCAUGUCUGCUCACAGCGGAAGGUUCUGCGCGAGCAUUCCGCCCCACUGCACGCAGCUGAUCAACACGAUCCUCUCGGCGCAGCCUCAGCAGAGCCCCGAAAGGCUCAUCGAGGACGAGAGGACGCCCUCGGGAUCCAACGAGCAGGCCGCUGCUAUCCUGCGGGAGAGCGGUCUCCUGGGUAUGCUCGACCAGGCGCUCCAGGACGGGCCGAGCGAGGAUGUCAUCGCGCAAGUCGCGCACGCCAUGUCCCAGGGCACAGCCCAGGACACCAGCUAUGGCAACUUCCAGGUGGCGGUCAACUCGCGCAUUGUCGGGGCCGUCGUCCUUCACAUCGGAAACGUCGCAGCCGAGCGACUGGACCAGCCGGGUGCUCUCGCCAACUUGACUGGAAGCGAGCCCGAGGUGGUGAUGCUGUCGAUGCUCGUGCACGAGGUGCCGCCUGUAGUCCGAUACUACCUCCUGUCCAGCAUUGCCAACCAGCUACGUGCACCCAGCGGGCAGAGCGAAUUCUUCACCCACGCUCUCCUCUAUAUCUUUGGCAAAGACAUGAACGACCCGGAGGAGACGGAGCUUCGACAGGACAUUACUCGUAUUCUGCUCGAGCGUCUGGGCGGUAUCUGGCCUCACCCGUGGGGGCUGAUGGCGACGGUCAUGGAGCUGCUCAAGAACCAAAAGUACCAGUUCUUUGAGCUUCCAUUCAUCAAGGCAGACCACGAGGUUACCGAACGAUUCAUGACGGUCCUUCGCACCGGACAGUAA